AGCUGAUGCUGGGCUGCCAGACAGCUGGUGACUUUCCCUUCUCAAGGCAGAUCUAGGAUUGGGCUUCAGAUUAGAAGUCAAGCAGAAGACGGGUCAGAGACCAGCAUGUGGGUGGAGAUUCUGGAGGAGCCACCUCCCCCGGGGUGAGGCUCGGGUGAGCUGAGGACACGUCUGGGCAGGUGUCCUGGGGUGAGGCCCCUUGCUCCAGCUGACCUCGAAGCAGGCAGUUGCCUGGGAGGAGCAGAGCCCAGGCGUGAUGGUUCUGGCCCUGGGGUUGGCAGUCCCCUCUGUGGCCGGUUGUCCCUGCCAGUGUGGUCCUGUGAGUGUGCAGGGCAGGCCUGAGCACAGAGGUGGUUGCUGCUCACACCUGAGGGUGCAGCUCUGCACUGGCUGAAGUCACCGUCUGUGCCUGCACUGGCCAGAGCUUCACUGUCUUCUCUUCCCAAACUUGACACCUUUGAAGGGUCCUGUCCCCAGGUGUCCCCGGGGCUGCCCUCUUGUUGCCUAUGCUGUAGGGCCCUUUCACACCUCAGCUCCUGCCUCCCAGAGAGCACCCAGUGCCCACAGGCAGCACCGGACACUGUGGUGGAGUCAGCCACUGCCUGUCAUGCCAGGUCCUGCUGUGACCCCUGAUUUCCAUUUGGGAAAGCUGAGGCUUGCUUGGGGCAUAGGUGGUGGAGACACGGCCUGAGUGACAGCCUGGGCUGUCCCCAGUGGCCUCCCUGUACCAGCUCCUGCUCCCUGGCUCUCCCUGCACCCGUGCACAGGGCCAGCUUGAUGGGUCCAAAGACAUCUCCAGAGCAGAAACCAGAGUCCACAGGACUCUCCGGCUACCCACCCAGCCCCUCCACACCAGGCUCCACAGGCAGCCAGAGUGGACUCCAACGUGCAUGAGGCCAGUGGCCCCCUUCACCCUCCUCGCCCUCAGCCUCCUCAAGCGCCCUGCCCCCGGCCCCCCAGCUGGUCCUGGGAUUCGAUGCAGCUUUGGGUGUCCCUGAUGGGGCUGGGCCUGGGCUGGCAGCUGUGAUGCUGCUGCAGUGACUCAGAUGCUGUGUGACCCCAAGCAGUCAGGCCCUCCAUGGGCCACAGUUUCCCCCUAUACUGAGGGGCCAGCAGAGGGGAGACACUGUUGGGAUCCCCCCCGAGGGGCUUUCUGGGAACAAGAGCCCACUGUGCGCCUGGGGAAGGCCUGGACACUGAGCCACUGUCUCUGCGAGGGCAAUGUGCUGCUCCCCGGCCAGACUCUUUGUCCCGCCUGGGCCUGCCCCUCCCCACGCCUCCUCUGGCUCUUCCUUUGUGAAUCCCACCCACUUGAGGCCCAGAUGGGGAUCUAGGCACACAGGGGUGGGGCAGGCCAGAACACCCAGCACUGGGAGCAGGGUGAGUCCUCUGCCCACCUGCGGAACCUCUGCCUGCACUGCUAGCACAGGAGGGUUUUUUGGGGAAGUGAGGAACCCCAGGAGAACUGGAUGUACAGGCAUGGUAGCUGGUGCCUCCCGCAUGGGCUGAGCACUCUGCUGUUUGCUGGGGCCGACUUUGGGCCCCAGGCUGAGACGUACUGGGGAGGUCAGGUUCCCUGUACACGCUCGCACUGCCCAGCUCUUCUCACCUCCUAACUGUUCCUGUCCGCACCUGCUCGUGCCAGACAGCUCCUCUUCCCAGACCCGGUCAAGGGGUCAUCUUGAGUAAUCCUUCAUUACCCUAGAUACGGACCCAGUGGCCUGGGUUCUGCAGCGAUCAGUGUUCACCCAGCAGUGGCUUCAGAGCAGGCCAGUCCUGAGCCCUGUGGAACCAGCAGUGACAGGACAGUGGCCCAUCACGUGUGAAUGAACUCCCUUGCUGUGCUGUGCUGUGUUGUGUCUGGGAAUCCAGGCCAAGACCACCUUCGGGGAGUGGGGCAGCCUGAGGAUGCAGGUCCUCGAACACAUGGGAGGGCGUGCAAGGCGCAGGUGCAGGCUCUGAGGGAAGGGAGUCAGCUGUGAGGAGCCACGGAAGUCAUGGAUGUGUGUGAGCUGAUCAGCUGGCAAAGGUCUCUGUUGGCAGAGUUCGCUCACACUCCUGAAUGAAGAACCACCUGGGUGCGGCCUAGUGCUGCUGGGCACAGGUAGAGACUCCUGGAGAGGAUGGACCCCUGGAUUCAGCCUGCUGGUUCCUGGCAGUGGCCCCCGUCUCUGCUCUGGGCCCAGCCCCUCUCUGGCCCCAUAAUGGCCUCACUGGGAACAUUCGUCCAUGUUCUGGGUGAGAACACGCUGGGAGUGUACACAGGAUGCUGUCCCAGCACUGUGGGUUCUGGAAGCCCCUUCCCGAGCACCACCUGGUUUCCCAAUGUGCCUGACACGGUCUGAAAUUGCACCCUUAGAGUCUGAGACUCAGAGGCAGCCCUCCUGGCUCUUCCUCUCCAGCAGGGUGAUCGUACUGCUAUCCGUAUGCUCUGUAGAGGGAGGGCUUGGGGAUGAUCAGGAAAUUGAGCUGUGACUCCUUGAUGCUGUGGGUGGGCUGUAUCCAGGACACGCAGGUCUGGGCUGCGUUUGGGCCACAAUUCAGAUGCAGAACGGUCUCCCAGAGGGACCUUGGCCCACCCAGUUCUUAUCAGGACGCCUUCCUGUCUGACCCUGUGGCACUCGGGGGGUCUGCAUGGGCCACGGGCCUAGGAGGGACUCCCAGAGAUGUGGAGGUAGCUGCUACCCUUGGCCCCUGCACCUGAUUCCAGGCCAAGUGAGGGCCAGGGAGAGGAGCUCAGCCUUAGGGGGCCUUGUGGAUGGAACAAGCCCUGAGCAUCAUGCAUGGAGAGCUUCCCAACGCUUUCCCCCCAUCUCUCACCUGGGAGCUGAAGUGCACAGUCAGCUCAGAGAAGGGGCUGGAGUGUGAGGUGUGGGGUAAGAGCCAGCAGAAGGCAUCCCUGAAGGACCCUCUUCUACCUGUGUCUGUUCUGGUCCAUGUAGGACCAGUAGGGGCUGUGAGCAGCAUUCCCAACCUUUCCCUGGUGGUUCAGGGUCGGAGGAGGCCGUGUGCAUCGUCCUGGGCCCGUCCCUGGCAGUAAAGGUCGGAGGAGGCCGUGUGCACCGUCCUGGACCCAUUCCUGGCGGCCCGCCUCGCUCUGCUGGGAACCAUGAGUGAGGCCCGCCGGGACAGCACGAGUAGCCUGCAGCGCAAGAAGCCGCCCUGGCUAAAGCUGGACAUUCCCUCUGCAGCGCCCCCGACAGCAGAAGAGCCCAGCUUCCUGCAGGUAGGCCCCGGCCAGCAGGGGCUGUGGGUGCCCCCUGCCCACCACCCUCACUGUGACCCUGUUGCCCAGCCCCUGAGGCGACAGGUUUUCCUGAGGAGUGUGAGUAUGCCAGCUGAGACAGCCCACAUCUCUUCACCCCACUGUGAGCUCCGGCGGCCGGGGCUGCAGCGCCAGACGUCCAUCACACAGACCAUCCGCAGCAGCCGACAAGUACACUUCAGGCGCAUCCACACUCUACCCCUCUUGGGUCCCUGGGCUGCCCGCAGGGCCCUCCCACAGCGCCAGUCUCUCUCUUGGUCCCUGCUCAGGGGGGCCGCUGACUGGUUUGGAGUGAGCAAGGAGAGUGACAGCACCCAGAAAUGGCAGCGCAAGAGCAUCCGUCACUGCAGCCAGCGCUAUGGGAAGCUGAAGCCCCAGGUCCUCCGGGAGCUGGACCUGCCCAGCCAGGACAACGUGUCGCUGACCAGCACCGAGACACCACCCCCACUCUAUGUGGGGCCAUGCCAGCUGGGAAUGCAGAAGAUCAUAGAUCCCCUGGCGCGUGGCCGGGCCUUCCGGGUGGCAGAUGAUACUGCGGAAGGCCUGAGUGCCCCGCACACUCCUGUCACGCCAGGUGCUGCCUCCCUCUGCUCCUUCUCCAGCUCCCGCUCAGGUUUCCACCGGCUCCCGCGGCGGCGCAAGCGAGAGUCGGUGGCUAAGAUGAGCUUCCGGGCAGCCGCGGCACUGAUGAAAGGCCGCUCUGUUAGGGAUGGCACCUUGCGCCGGGCACAGCGUCGAAGCUUCACUCCCGCCAGCUUUCUGGAGGAGGACACGACUGAUUUCCCUGAUGAGCUGGACACGUCCUUCUUUGCCCGGGAAGGUAUCCUCCAUGAAGAGCUGUCCACCUACCCGGACGAAGUUUUUGAGUCCCCAUCAGAGGCAGCACUCAAGGACUGGGAGAAGGCGCCGGAGCAGGCGGACCUCACGGGCGGGGCCCUGGACCGCAGUGAGCUUGAGCGCAGCCACCUGAUGCUGCCCCUGGAGCGAGGCUGGCGGAAGCAGAAGGAGGGCGCCGCAGCCCCGCAGCCCAAGGUGCGGCUCCGACAGGAGGUGGUGAGCAGCGCGGGGCCGCGGCGGGGCCAGCGCAUCGCGGUGCCGGUGCGCAAGCUCUUCGCCCGGGAGAAGCGGCCGUAUGGGCUGGGCAUGGUGGGACGCCUCACCAACCGCACCUACCGCAAGCGCAUCGACAGCUUCGUCAAGCGCCAGAUUGAGGACAUGGACGACCACAGGCCCUUCUUCACCUACUGGCUCACCUUCGUGCACUCGCUCGUCACCAUUCUGGCCGUGUGCAUCUACGGCAUCGCCCCCGUGGGCUUCUCGCAGCAUGAAACGGUGGACUCGGUGCUGCGGAACCGCGGGGUCUACGAGAACGUCAAGUACGUGCAGCAGGAGAACUUCUGGAUUGGUCCUAGCUCGGAGGCCCUCAUCCACCUGGGCGCCAAGUUUUCGCCCUGCAUGCGCCAGGACCCGCAGGUGCACAGCUUCAUUCGGGCAGCGCGCGAGCGCGAGAAGCACUCGGCCUGCUGCGUGCGCAACGACAGGUCGGGCUGCGUGCAGACCUCGGAGGAGGAGUGCUCGUCCACGCUGGCAGUGUGGGUGAAGUGGCCCGUCCAUCCCAGUGCCCCAGAGCUUGCCGGCCACAAGAGACAGUUUGGUUCUGUCUGCCACCAGGAUCCCAGGGUGUGUGAUGAGCCCUCCUCUGAAGACCCCCAUGAGUGGCCAGAAGACAUCACCAGGUGGCCGAUCUGCACCAAAAACAGUGCCGGGAACCACACCAACCAUCCGCAUAUGGACUGUGUCAUCACAGGGCGGCCCUGCUGCAUCGGCACCAAGGGCAGGUGUGAGAUCACCUCCCGGGAGUACUGUGACUUCAUGAGGGGCUACUUCCAUGAGGAGGCCACGCUCUGCUCUCAGGUGCACUGCAUGGAUGAUGUGUGUGGGCUCCUGCCUUUCCUCAACCCUGAGGUGCCUGACCAGUUCUACCGCCUGUGGCUGUCCCUCUUCCUGCACGCCGGGAUCCUGCACUGCCUGGUGUCCAUCUGCUUCCAGAUGACCGUCCUGCGGGACCUGGAGAAGCUGGCAGGCUGGCACCGCAUAGCCAUCAUCUACCUGCUGAGUGGUGUCACUGGCAACCUGGCCAGUGCCAUCUUCCUGCCGUACCGAGCAGAGGUGGGUCCAGCUGGCUCCCAGUUUGGCAUCCUGGCCUGCCUCUUUGUGGAGCUCUUCCAGAGCUGGCAGAUCCUGGCACGGCCCUGGCGUGCCUUCUUCAAGCUGCUGGCUGUGGUGCUCUUCCUCUUCACCUUCGGGCUGCUGCCCUGGAUCGACAACUUUGCCCACAUCUCGGGGUUCAUCAGUGGCCUCUUCCUCUCCUUCGCCUUCUUGCCCUACAUCAGCUUCGGCAAGUUCGACUUGUACCGGAAACGCUGCCAGAUCAUCGUCUUUCAGGUGGUCUUCCUGGGCCUCCUGGCUGGCCUGGUGGUCCUCUUCUACGUCUAUCCUGUCCGCUGCGAGUGGUGCGAGUUCCUCACCUGCAUCCCCUUCACUGACAAGUUCUGUGAGAAGUACGAACUGGAUGCUCAGCUCCACUGAGCUGGCUGCGGGCUCCCGCAGAGCAGAGCCAGACACCACAGCCCUGAGCCUCACAGGCGAGCGGGCGUCACCUGCUGCGCGAGGGAACUGGCCUGUUUCCCGAACACAGACCUCGUGUGCCUUGUUCACUCUGCUGAACCCUUCGUACUGCCGGGCACUUAUUAUACAUCUUCCUGUGAUAACCUUCUUAUUUGCCUCUUGACGACCACCUCACGUGGCCAAUAAAUGGACCGGGAGCGUUUUAGCUGCCAUUAACCUGA